AUGGGAGCUUUGCGGAGGGACACAACGCUAGAAACAGCUUUGAAUCCUUAUGCAUACCGACGUACUAAACGACAGUCGCUUCGGGAAGCUAGAGUUACUGAAAAGCUUGAGAAGCAGCAGAAGAUGGAACAAGAGAGAAAACGCCGUCAAAAACACACCGAUCUCAUGCAGGCAAUUAUUCAGCACGGAAGAGAAUUUAAGGAAUAUCAUAGGAAUAAUCUUUUGAAGACCCAAAAGGUCAAAAAAGCCGUUAUUACCUACCAUCAAAAUAAUGAAAGGGAAAGAAAGAAGGACGAAAUCAAGAAUGAGCGACUUCGUAUGCAAAAACUCAUGCAAGAAGACGAGGAGGGUUAUCGCGCUUUGCUGGAUGAGAAGAAGGAUCAACGUCUUGUGUACCUUCUGCAGCAAACUGAUGAGUACGUAGAGAGCUUGUGUAGUCUCGUACGUCAGCAUCAGAACACAGAGAAGAAAAAGAAGAGAGAGGAACGAAAGUUAGCUAGAUUGGAAGAUACGGUUGAGAUAUCUUUCUUUCCAGAAGGAGAAGCUCGUGUACAUGUCCGUGAGACAAGCACGGGCAGGAUUCUGACGGGUGACGAAGCACCAAAACCCGACGAACUUGAGUUAUGGUUAGAGACACAUCCCGGAUUUGAG